UAGAUCGCUGGCUGGGCCAUGGCUACGCCAGCCAAGAAGCGUAAGAUGAACUUCUCUGAGCAAGAAGUGGAGAUCAUCUUAGAGGAGAUGGAGAAGCAGAAGCAUAUCCUGAUUAACCACUUCAAUGCUGGGGUGCCCUUGGUGACCAAAAGCAAUGCCUGGCACGAUAUCCUAAAGCGCGUCAAUGCCAUCAGCACAUGCCACCGUGAGCUGGCUGAGGUGAAGAAGAAGUGGUCCGACCUAAAGACCGAGGUGCGCAGAAAGAUGUCUCAGGCACGGGCGGCGGUGGAAGGCGAAGCUGAUGUGGGCACACCCCCAGUCAUGCUAACCCCCUUGCAGCAGCGCAUAUGUAACUUGCUGGGCGAGAGCACAAUACUGACCCUUCCGUCAGAUAUACCCGGCCAAGUGGGUAUCAACUCCCCUGGCAGCAUGACAUUGUCCCAAAUUCCCUCAGAAACAACAUUUCACGCCCUAGAAGAGAAUGUGGUGGAGUACUGCACCACUGAGACGGCUACAACAGUAGCUUCAGAUACCCCUGUAGGAAUCAUAUCUCCUUCUCAUGAAGUCUCGGUGAAACCCCAAGAACUAAAGAAUCGGAUUGCUCUGAACUCAGCCCGGCUUCUGCAGGAACAGCGUGUAACCAACCUCCACGUAAAGGAAAUAGCUCAGCACCUCGAGCAACAGAAUGACAUCCUGCAUAUGAUUCGUCGUUGCCAGGAAGUAGAAGCCAGUGCUCAGGAACGGCAAGCACAGGCCAUGGAGGGCACUCAGGCAGCACUCAGCGCCCUUAUCCAGGUUCUACGGCCAAUGAUCAAGGACGUGCGCCGGUUUCUGCAGAGCAGGGUCCCUAACUCAGCUGGGGCUAAUGAAGGUGAUGGCUCAGCAGCUCAAAAUGGACAAUCGGAUAGAAUUAACCAGUAAAUGGUAAUAGACACCCCAGAGUCUCCAUUAGUGUAUUACAACCGCAAGCAAGGUGUGAACAUCCCUCACGCACCUAGUAAUUGGCACUGUCAGACCUUUAAAUACAUGGGGCAAAUUAGGCCCACAUUAUUAGCCUUACUUCUGAGGUUCAUACUGGAAAAAGGAAUGUUUUUUUUUUUUUUUUUUUAAUUCUUAAAUGUAAGCUUUAUGUUUUUUUAAGGUUUCUGCAGGCAGAACUUACUGCAGUGUCAGCAUUUGGCAUUCAGUAACCACUGAAGGUGGUGCAUGGAAUACAGUUUGUAUUGAGAAAGCUCAGCGGGAAUAUUAACAUUAACAAAUCUUUUCUGGAGGAGAAGACUAGGGAUUGAGAGAAAAAUAAAUACCUUAAUUCACAUCUUCCACAGACUGUUUGAAGUACUGUUAAUGAUUUAGUUUUUUUAAAUAAAGCCACACUUCUCUUUG